GAAAGGAAAAAAAAAAAGGCCCGAAGAGGAGUUUCUGAAAACUUCCAAGGAACUCGCGGCUGCAAGUCCCAGCGGCAGGCAAGAGCGAUGCUAGAGCCUCGGGCGCUCCGGGAGCCGACAGCGGCGGCGGUGGCGGCAGAGGGGGUGACCGCGGGGAUGGCGGAGGCAGCGGGGAGCGCGGUGCCGGCCGGAGCCGGGAUGGCCGAGAAGAAAAAAUCUGGCAACGGCAGGAAGGGCAGGAAAGGCAAGGGGGCCGGCAAGAAGCCCGCUCCGCCAGAGGAGGGCGAGGCGCCCAGGUCCACCACAGUGGUGCCCCUCAAAUUGAAGGAAAUGAAAAACCAAGAGGCUGCUGUGGGUCAGAAGCUAGUGCUCAGGUGUGAAACCACUUCAGAGUAUCCUGCGCUCAGAUUCAAAUGGUUAAAGAAUGGGAAGGAAAUAACCAAAAAAAACAGACCGGAAAAUAUCAAGAUCCCAAAAAAACAAAAGAAAUACUCUGAGCUUCACAUUUACAGAGCCACGUUGGCCGACGCUGGGGAAUAUGUAUGCAGAGUGAGCAGCAAGCUGGGAAAUGACAGUACUAAAGCCAGUGUUACCAUCACAGACACCAAUGAGAGUACCAGCAAGAUACCAGUAUCAACAGAAGUGACAAAAACUUCUUCACAACCCAUGCUUAGGAUACAAGCUUCAACAGAAGGAACAAACACUUCCUCCUCCACUUCCACAUCUACAACUGGGACAAGUCAUCUCACAAAAUGUGACAUAAAGCAGAAAGCCUUCUGUGUAAAUGGGGGAGAGUGUUACAUGGUUAAAGACCUCCCAAACCCCCCAAGAUACCUGUGCAGGUGCCCAAAUGAAUUUACUGGUGAUCGCUGCCAAAACUACGUAAUGGCCAGCUUCUACAAGCAUCUUGGGAUUGAAUUUAUGGAAGCUGAGGAACUGUACCAGAAACGGGUGCUGACCAUAACUGGCAUUUGCAUUGCUCUUCUAGUAGUUGGCAUCAUGUGUGUGGUGGCCUACUGCAAAACCAAGAAGCAGAGGAAAAAGUUGCACGACCGCCUUCGGCAGAGCCUGCGCUCGGAAAGGAACAACGUGAUGAACUUGGCCAACGGGCCGCACCACCCCAACCCGCCGCCAGAUAACGUCCAGCUCGUGAACCAGUACAUUUCGAAAAAUGUAAUCUCCAGUGAGCAUGUCAUUGAGCGAGAAACAGAGACCUCGUUUUCUACAAGUCAUUACACCUCAACAACACAUCACUCCGUGACAGUCACCCAGACAUCUAGCCACAGCUGGAGUAAUGGCCACACUGAAAGCAUCCUCUCUGAAAGCCACUCGGUGCUCGUCAGCUCCUCCAUGGAGAACAGCAGGCACGCCAGCCCGGCAGGGCCGCGGGGCCGGCUCAACGGUAUCGGCGGGCCACGGGAGGGCAACAGCUUCCUCCGGCAUGCCAGAGAGACCCCCGACUCCUACCGAGACUCUCCUCACAGUGAAAGGUAUGUCUCAGCUAUGACCACACCAGCUCGCAUGUCACCCGUUGAUUUUCACACUCCGACUUCUCCCAAGUCCCGCCCCUCCACAAUGUCACCACCAGCUUCCAGCUUGACCGUCUCCAUCCCUUCCGUGGCGGUGAGUCCCUUCAUAGAAGAGGAGCGACCGCUGCUCCUGGUGACUCCCCUGCAGCUGCACGAGAAGUAUGACCACCACCUUCAGCAAUUCAACUCCUUUCACCACAACGCCACCCAUGAGAGCAACAGCCUGCCACCAAGCCCUCUGCGGAUUGUGGAGGACGAGGAGUACGAGACCACACAGGAGUACGAACCAGCACAGGAGCCUCCAAAGAAACUCACCAACAGCCGGAGGGUCAAAAGAACAAAGCCCAACGGCCACAUUUCCAGCAGGGUGGAAGUGGACUCUGACACAAGCUCCGAGAGCAGCAGCUCUGAGACCGAAACCGAAGACGAGAGAAUAGGCGAGGAUACACCGUUUCUGAGCAUACCGAACCCCGGGGCAACCAGUCUGGAGCCAGCCGCCGCCUUCCGGCUGGCUGAAACCAGGACUAACCCGGCAAACCGCUUCUCCACCCCAGAGGAGUUACAAGCAAGGUUGUCCAGUGUGAUAGCUAACCAAGACCCUAUUGCUGUAUAAAACAUAAAACACAUAGAUUCACAUGUAAAACUUUAUUUUAUAUAAUGAAGUAUUCCACCUUUAAAUUAAACAAUUUAUUUUAUUUUAGCAAUUCCGCUGAUAGAAAACAGGAGAGGAAAAGAAACUUUUAUAAAUUAAAUAUACUAUGUACAAAUGUGUUAUGUGCCAUAUGUAGCAAUUUUUUACAGUAUUUCAAAAAUGGGGAAAGAUAUCAAUGGUGCCUUUAUGUUAUGUUAAUUUGAGAGCAAGUUUUGUACAGUUACAAUGAUGGCUGUCCCAUAGUAUUUUGCGAAACCUUUUAGCCCUCAGUUGUCCUAGCUUUUUUGUGCACUGCAUUUUAAUGAACUGGAUGUAUGAUUUGCAAGAAUUGCAGAAGUCCCUCUGGUCGCUUGCUGUAGAGUCUCCAAAUCAGAAAGCCCUGUAAUGGCACCCCCAUCCUACUCCACCAGGAAAACACACAUAUACACACAGAGUCAGAAAGAAAAAAAAAAAUUAAAAAAAAAAAAAAGAUAAAAAUGUAAAAAAAAAAAAUUCUUAUAUGAGAACUUUUAUUUGCUUUCGUGUAUGAGAUGAGUUUUGUCUGCUCUCUGCCAGCCAAAAGGUUUGCUUCUUUGAGCACUGGGAUAAUAGUAGAUCCAACAGCAUGCUACUAUUAAUUACAGCAGGAUAACAAAAAACGUACAAACAAAAAAAAAGCCAAUCUGCAUUAAAUAAUAUUACUUAUAGAAAGAAAGUAAUACUGUGAUUUUAAACCAAAUAUAUUAUUAAUCAGAGGUCAGCUUGUAAUCACUAGGAGCUGCCAUUUCAUUAUUUUCCAGAUAUUAAUUGUUCUAGUUAUCCCUUAGGAAAUGGGUUUAAGUUAGCUGAGGCUUUGAACCCAAUACUCUAUUUAAACAAAAAAAGAAAAAAAAAAGGAGAAAACAAAAAAAAAAAGAAGAAAAAAAAGAAAACAUUUAUAUUAUUUUAUGUUAAUGGGGCAAAUAUAAUAGAUAUCUGUAAUCAAGCAAGGAAGAGAUCUAGCUGGAAAACACAUGCCACUAAUAAAAGUGCAAUCAGUUUUCACCUCUAUUUCUUAAUGUUGAUUUCUAAUACAUGAUUUAUUCUUUUGUUUCUUCUUAAUGUUCUUCCCCUUUUUCUCUUCCUCAGAAGGAACCCUGACAAGCUUCUACCAAUACCUUGUUAGAGAUGCUGUUGGAAUAAGGCUUACUCUUGGACAUAGAAAGGCCUUUCAGGCAAGAACUUGAUUUGCUGAAUGGUUAAAAAGUGUAGGCACAUAGGAAGGACAAAGCAGAUGUAUGGACUUUAUUUCCACUCACCUUUAUCGACUCCUUUUCUUGGGCUGAGAGAGGCAAGGCUGAUGCAGAGCCCAUUUAUGAAGGCAAGCACACCGUGUGGGUUACAGCCCUAGUAACCCAUGUGUGAUUAUUUGAUACCAGUGUUUAUAUGGCCAGUGACAGUCUUGAAGUCAGUGACUAGUAAUGAACAAGGAUGCUGUCAGUGCUGGAGCAGAUGCAUCCAUGCAGACAGAAGCAAAUGGCCUCUUUUGCACUGAAUUCCUAUCAAUUUAGUCAGGGUCACUCUGCCUCUUCUAUACUUCUGAUUUUUUGUUGUGUGUUCAGUUGGCACAGCAUUGACUCAGGAUUGAUGUGGAAAACAAACGUUUUUCCUAGACUCUGGGGAUUCUGAAAAUGAGAACAUAUGUUUUGCAGGUAUUACUGAGCUCUAAAUAAGAGCCCUGUCAAGAGAAAAAGAAUUUCAGCCAAACUACACUCAUCCUUUGGGCCACAUUCUGGUCCUAGUUAAAUAAAGAGAAAUACAUCAAGAAAAAAUUGUGAGAUGCAAGCCUGAGGAACAAAAGUCCCAACUCAGUAAAUUGUUCAAGCAUAUGCUUAUGCUAAUCCCAGCAAAAGUUACCUUCAGCAUGUGCUAGACUCUCAUUGGCAUAUCCAGCACAUGCAAAACGUUAUGCAUGUGCCUAAAAGCUUUGCUGAACAAGGUGUCCUAUUGAUUUGAGACCUGGAACCAAAGUACAGCAAAAGAAGCUCUUUGCCAGGGUGACAAAAAUCAGUGAUUCCUCACUGUUUAAGUAACCAUUAAGUAACCAUUAGUAAGAACACAGGUGAGUCUACCUGACUUCUGCUGAACACCAAUUCAGCAGAAAAAGAACAAAAAGAAAAAGAAACUUAGUAUAGGAAACAAAGUUGUCCACUAGGAUGUUAGUGGUAGAACUAAAAGGCUAGGAAACUAGCACAGCUUUGGGCUAUGUGGUGGCUGAAAUGGCACUGCUUAUUUGAGAAAUCUAUGGGAGAUGGCAAAAUACAUACUGUCUGGACUUAAGUCCCCUUUGCCUUUUUUCCCUGGCUGGCAUGUACUUGAACACGCUUUGCCUUUGCAGACUGAAACAAAAGCUCUACAAAUUCUAGAUACCAUACUCUCAUUUUCAUCCCUUUAGUCAUGCCUAUUUUUCUGCAAUCCCAGGCAGCAGAAUAUCCACCUCUCCAGUAACUCUGAAACUCAGUAGUACAGGGGGCCAGGUGGGAUUUCCUAAUGAAGACCAUGAGUUUCCAAAGGAUUUGCACUGUUGAGUUUCAGUGGACACUUGAAUAUCUGUCCUUUCAGGAAGGCCUCUGACACUGCAAAGACCUUGCAGGACAGAUGAGACAAAAAAAGGAUGGCAGAGAAACAAGACAUUUGCCCCAAAAUCACUCAUUUUAGUGGCAGAAUAGAGAUUAUAACACAGGUCUUUUGUAAACUUUUCCAGUAUAUAUCAACCACAAGGCCAGCUCUUGUUGAAGUAUCUGUAAUAGCCCAGACAGAUUAAUUGGGAUGGAAAGGGAACAUGCUGUGAUGUUGAGUAGAUUAUUUGACUACUACCACUGUUAUUGUGGAGGGACAGUACAAAAUGAAGGAGCAAAUCAAUAUUUGGGAGCUGUACAUGUGAGAUUUAUUUGGUAUAGGUCUAGGGAAAAAUGUCACACCUCUUCUGUUGCAGUGCCUCAAAGUCAAAUUGCUGUGCAGUUCCUGCUCUUUCUCCCCCUCAGAACAUACACAGUGUGUUAUAGGGCAAGCAUGAACUUAGGCUGGAGACUUCACAUGGACCUAAGAACAAGAAAAUACAAUUGGGGAUAUGGCUGCCUAAGCCCUUAGAUCUUUGUGAAGAACCCAGCCUUAUGGCACAAUUCAUGCAGCAGUGAAUUUGGGAAUUGCCCUGGCUUGGCAGGCACAGAAGCAGGAGGAGGACUGGAGACCCUCACCUCUCAAAUUGUGUUUGUCACACCGUGAGGGUGCUUCACAUCAGUCAGGUCCACACCCAGAAGUCAGUGAGUCUACCUGGCCACAGGUGCUGCUGGCAGGCUGCAGCCAGUUCCUGCUGGCCAAGGGGCUGGAGGCUGCAGCAGCAUGGAGCAGAGCCAGCAAGUGCCUAUGGAAAAGGCCAGCUCCCCUGUUGGGGAUAUUUGCUUCAUUACCCAGACCUUCGAGCUAGGCAGUCCCAACACCCUUGAGCCAUCACUCUGUGAUGCUUGCCAGUUCUUUGGCUGAAAGUCAUGGCAAGAAGAAACAUACUUUGAAGAGGGGGGGAAAUAUUCCAGUGGUGGCAGAGUUAAGAUUGUCCUGGUUUAUUUCCAUUUAGUUGGAGCCAUGAGUUUUUCCUGUGUAUCUGUUUAUAUGCAGGAUGUAUUCCAAGAUAAAAGGCUUCUUUCAAGAGCAUAUAGCUAGAUUAUGUUGUGCACAACCUGGUACAGCCUGCCUAUUUAAGGGGUGUAAAUCAUUACAGCUCUGUAGAGGUUCUCAUGUAACAGAGAAAAGGCUACUCCCUCCUUUUUGCCCAGUUAUUCCCUUCAUUUCUUGAGCCACCCCAACAUACCCAGGUUUGAGAGAUCAAUCACUGCCUUUAUCAGGGAAACAGGAAAGCUCUUUCUUUCCAGUACUCAAAAACAACAAUGCUGCAUCUCCCUGCUUCUCGCACACACAUUGCUAGCAGUUUCCUGAGCAUCCAGGAUAGCAAACUGGUGUCUCCUCCAAGGACACACCUGGCAGCCUGUUGAGCACUUCUUGGCCCCUGCAGUGUGGCAACUUACCAUCACCUGGGACUUAUUUCUAGUAAAAAUCAAAAAUACACCUACAAAAAAAUGCUGCAGAGAAAGGCAGACAAAGAACAUGGCCAAUUAUCAUCAUUUGUAAUUCUCUAUUCUAUUGUAAAUAUGUCUUGUACAUAUGUGGAUGUUUUCAUUAUUUACUGUCUUUAUAGAUAUUGUGUUAAAUGGGACACUCUUAGUUUAUUGUGUAACACUGUAAAUAACAUAACGUCCUUUAUUAUUUAUGCAUAGGCAUCUAACAUGCAGAGAAAGUUAUCCUCAUAUUAUUUUAAGAUAUAUGUCAAAAAGAUGUUGCAUUUUUCCUUUUGCUUUGAAAAAAUUGUAAUAUAUCCUCUUUUUCCCCUCUUUUCCUUUAAAAAAUGAAUGCUAAUUUAUUGUUCAGGAGAGAAAGGGGAUGUAACUGAAAGGCAAACUGUUCAAAGAACAUGCUAUGGAAGCCACAAGCUACUGAUAAACUAAAGAAUUUAUUACCCCAAAUACAGCAAUAAGUAAUUAUUGAUUUAUUAAGGUUUUGUUAUUCAUUUUCAGUAAAAGAGGUGCUGGAUUAAAUUGUUUAUGUGUGGUCCUGGCCCAGCUGCUCAGCAGACUGUGUCAGGUCACUAGCUACCA